AUGAAGUAUUUUACAGUUUUAUUCUUCUGUUGCUUUACCACAAAUAGCUUUAUCUGUGCUAGAAGUAAAAAAAGAUGCCCGCAUUCUUCAACAAAAGAUUGUGAUGUUCUUGUGGACUGUUCGCGUAAAAAACUAACGGAGAUUCCAAAGUUUGUGACAAACGUCACUUGCAUUUUUCUGAGAGAAAACAAAAUUAGUCUAAUAGCAUAUAGUUCUUUUCAAGGCCUGCAUAGAUUACACACUCUUGAUUUAUCUGGGAAUAUACUAAAGACGAUUCACGAAGGAGCGUUUGGAGGUUUAAAAAUGCUACAGUAUCUUGAUAUUUCAUACAACAACAAUCUUGGAUUUGCUGUUCUCCCUAAUGUAACGCACAAUUUGAAUAAAACCAAUAUCAAAGUAUUGAAAUUUGACCAGAUCACCUGUAUGGGAGGGAGAGGCACCGUUCUACGUCAGCAUCAUUUGCAUAAUCUGAAAAAUACGUCACUAGAGGAGCUCAGUACAUCUAGCAAUAGGAUAGAUUUGUUUGAACCAUGUGUGCUAUCUCAUCUACCAAAGACCAUGAAGAAAAUGUCCUUUGCAGCCAACCGUUUUAGUGCAGGGAUGUAUGCUUUCGAGUUCCACACCCUGGAAAACGUGCAAGUAAUCAAUGCAAGUCUAAGGAACCGUCCUCCUCAUUUUUAUGAAUCAGUGUCGAGCUGUAGGGAAAAUUUCGACAAAGAAGAAUUUACUCCUCUUAGAAAGACUUGCCUGCAAAGUGUGAAGUCAAAUACUAAACCAUCACACCACUUUAAUGUAACAUAUUCUGUUCCACCAAAUCUGCACACUUUAUACCUCAACUCUAGCAGAAUUUUCUUUAGAGCUACCGCCUUUGGUAUUCAUGAAAACAAGAUUCGACGAUUAUUCCUACAGGAUAAUAUCAUUUACCAGUUUAUCGGACCUCUAUUCGGAGUAGAAAAUAUUACAGAGAUUGACUUGUCAAGGAACUUUUGUUACAAAAUGACUAAGUCAUUUACUCAUAGUUUGCCUAAAUUGCGCAUACUUAAACUUAAACAAAAUAAUCUCGGAGAAACAUUUAAAAGCGAUAUUUCGGGUUCCAUUUUUGAAAAACAAAGCAAACUAUACUAUCUUGAUAUAUCGUAUAAUAGAAUCCAUGGACUAUCUUUUUUAUUUUUGAAAAAUCUGGUCAGUCUCUCGUUGCUUGACAUUUCAAACAAUCAGAUUUCGGAAUGGAACGUGAAAAUGUCUCAUAUGAUGAAUCUAUCGUAUCUAGAUUUAUCUAAUAAUAGGUUAGGGGCGAUCUCAAAAAAUGGAAUGAAAGAAAUUACACAACUCUUUGGGGACUCAAACUUGACAAUCAACCUGAAAGGUAAUAGAUUGAUUUGUUCUUGCGACACAAUAGAUUUCUUGAGAUGGUUCUCCAAAUAUAGAGAACAUUUCAGAAAUUAUUCUUCAUAUUCCUGUUCUAAAACACACAAGGAUUUGUUCUCCUUUAAGGAUCUUGAAAAAUCCCUAAUUAGGCUUCAAUCCGAAUGCCAGUCGAACACGUUUUAUUAUGUUUUAGGCUCUACAACAUUGUCUUUACUUUUGAGUUUUGUCAUUAGUGUGAGUAUUUAUAAAAAUCGUUGGAAAAUCCGUUACCUCAGAUACACAGCAAAACAGAGAUUCUGCAAUAGAUAUAUAAGACUAAACAAUAAAACUGAUGACCCAUUCAUGUACGACGCUUUUGUAUCAUAUGCCAGCAAAGAUAGAGAAUUUGUGACGAAAGAAAUGAUUAAACACUUGGAACAAAUCAAUGGAUUUCGGCUUCUUAUCCGUGAUAGAUCAUUUGUGCCAGGGGAUUCAAAAUCUCACCAGAUAGUACGAUCUAUUCAGGAAAGUAAGAGGACCAUAUGCGUAGUUUCGAAACGUUUUUUGAAAUCCAGUUGGAGGGAAUAUGAGCUGAACAUGGCAAGGGUGGAAGGAAUAGAGGCAAGGAAAACACUCAGAUACGUCAUUUUAAUCCUUCUUCCUGAGGUUCAGAAUAGUGACUAUCUAAAAAAGAUUUCGGAUUUUUUGAAGAAAAAUUGUUUCAUUGAAUAUCCAGACGACCCAGCGGGCUACAAAGAAUUCUGGCAAAAUCUGUGUGACAAUUUAAGAGAAAAUAUUGAAACCUGA